AUGAAUUAUACAAGCUGUAUCUUAGCUUUGCAGCUUUGUGUGCUUUUGGGUUCAUCUACCUAUUGCUGCCAGGUUUCAUGUAUUGAGGAAAUAGACAACCUAAAGGACUAUUUUAAUGCAAGUACUUCAGAUGUACCAGAUGGUAGGUAUCUUUUCAGAGAUAUUUUGAAGAAUUGGAAAGAGGACAGUGACAAAAAAAUAAUUCAGAGCCAAAUCGUGUCCUUCUACUUCAAACUCUUUAACAAUUAUAAAGACAACCAGAUCAUCCAAACAAGCAUGGAAAACAUCAAGGCAAACAUGGUCUCUAUGUUCUUCAAUAGCACCAACAGAAGCAGCGACAGCAAACGGGAGGACUUCGAAAAGCUGAUGGAUAUUCAGGUCAAUGAUCUGAAGGUUCAGCGCAAAGCAAUAAGUGAGCUCCAAUCUGUGAUGAGUGAUCUGUCAUCAAGAUCUAACCUAAGGAAGCGGAGAAGGAGUCAAAUUCAGAUUCAAGGCCGGAGAGCAUCAAAAUAA